AUGGCAGGAAAGGUAAAAGGCAAAAAGAAAACUCAAAAUGAAAAUGAAAAUAGGGUGGGAAAUGGCGAUAGUUCACAACAACGGGAGAGCAGCAGUACCAAAAACCCUUCUGAACACACAUCUAAGAAGACAGAUUACGACUAUCUCGAAGUAAUUCAAUUAGAACAUGCUGUAACUAAAUUGGUCGAGUCUUACAACAAAAUAAUUGAACUCUCCCCGAAUUUAGUGGCUUAUAAUGAAGCCGUAAACAAUCAAGGCGAAGUCCCGGUUCAGAUACUUCCUUCUCUAUCACGUUACCAGUUGAAAUUGGCUGCUGAGUUGAAAACAUUGCAUGAUCUUGAAAAAUGUCCAAUUCUAAAGGAAAUAAGUGAUUAUGAAAAUGACUUCGAUAACGACCAAAAGCAACCAAUCUUGCAAGAAAUUGAUGAAUGUGAUAUAGAAAAGCUAGAAAAGUUAGAGCACAUUAAAAGAGAAAAAAAAGAAAAGAUUGACGUAAACGUAUACGAAACUUUGAAUGAGAAAGAAGAUGUAGAAGAAGAAGAUGAAGGAGAAGACAGCUACGACCCAACAAAGGCGGGAGAUCCCACCAAGACAACAAAAUGGCCUCCCAAAUUGCCAGAGAUUCACGACUUAGCGAUUAGAGCCAGAGUAUUCAUUCACAAAUCUACCAUAAAAGAUAAGGUAUAUUUGUCUGGAUCAGAAAUGAUCAAUGCGCAUAAUGAAAGGCUAGAAUUCUUGGGUGAUUCGAUCUUAAAUUCUGUUAUGACGUUAAUUAUUUAUAACAAGUUCCCAGACUACAGUGAGGGUCAGUUAUCAACAUUAAGAAUGAAUUUGGUAAGUAACGAACAGAUCAAGCAAUGGUCAAUAAUGUAUCACUUCCAUGAGAGACUUAAGACAAAUUUUGAUUUGAAGGAUGAGAAUUCUAAUUUUCAAAACGGUAAACUAAAGCUAUACGCAGAUGUAUUUGAAGCGUACAUUGGCGGUUUGAUGGAAGAUGACCCGAGAAACAACUUGCCCAAAAUAAGGAAAUGGUUAAGAAAAUUGGCCAAACCUGUGAUUGAAGAGGCUACUCAUAGUCAAAUUGCCUUGGAGAAGACGGACAAGCUUGACAUGAAUGCUAAAAGGCAGUUAUACUCUUUAAUUGGUUACGCAUCAUUACGUCUACAUUAUGUCACUGUAAAAAAACCAACUUCAGUUGAUCCAAAUUCCAUAGUUGAGUGCAGAGUUGGUGAUGGUACCAUUUUAGGGACUGGUGUAGGUAGAAACAUCAAAAUUGCAGGUAUUAGAGCUGCAGAGAGUGCUCUGCGUGACAAAAAAAUGUUGGAUUUUUUUGCCAAACAAAGAGCUGCAAUACCUAGAAGUGAAUCAGUCCUAAAGGAUCCGUCACAAAAGAAUAAGAAAAGAAAAAUUUCCGAUACAAACUGA